UUGUGCGGUUCCCCCCCAUUGAACUGCUCCCUUCUUUCUCCGAAAAAUAAGGCCCUUGCACUCAAAGUUGUGCAAUAUUCGUUAUCUUCCCCACACAUAGAUAAGGGCUGGGGGUCCGCCAUUGUUCACCGUGUGUGUAUGAGCGACACGGCCGCUGCUCGGGACGAUAAUCCAGCCGGAGAGAAACACUCUGAGCUGCUGGACUGCUGCGGAGGACUCAACAACGUCGAUUAUUCAAAGAUGGAUUUGACUCUUAUGGAAGGUCUCCUAAAACACACCAACUUUCAUGACUCCAGCUUUUGUGUAGCUGUGGUCGCCAUCAUUUUCAACCCUUUCUUCUGGAAUGUGGUGGCGAGAUGGGAGCAUCGUACACGGACUCUCUCCAGUCUCUUUGGGAGCCCAUACCUGGCCUGCUACUGCAUGGGCUUCGCCAUCAUUUUGCUCAACGUGUACCGCAGUCACUGUGUGACAGUGGCGAUGAAGGCCCAGGCCAGGUGGGACGUGAUGGACAGGACAGAUGUUUUCUACGCUGGUGUAGCUCUCAUUGUGCUGGGCACUGUGCUGGUGGUUGGCAGCUUCCUGGCUCUGGGAUUCACUGGAACCUUCCUUGGUGAUUACUUUGGCAUCCUGAUGGAUGAGAAGGUGACAGGCUUUCCCUUCAACAUCACAGAGAACCCGAUGUACUGGGGCAGCACUGCCAACUACCUCGGCCUGGCACUUAUUGGUGCCAGUCCUGUUGGUCUUGUCCUGACUGCCAUCGUAGCCGUGGCUUACAAGUUGGCGAUACAAUUUGAGGGACCAUUCACCGAACUGAUCUAUCAGGAGAGGAGUCAGCGCCGCAAGCACGAAUGACCCCUCCCGCCCCAGCUGCUUCCUGAUCCUGGUAUGACUGAGGAUUCCCUUCCUGUCAGACAGACAAGAGGACAGACCUACUGACCAACAGCGUUGAUCAUUAAUCCCCCUCCAGUGUGGAUUUAAAGGCUGCAUUCAAACUGCAGCUGCAAGUGAUUUUAUGCUCUUCUUAAUAAUGUGAAUGCUACGUGGAGCCAAGUUUCUAAUGUAAUGUGGGACCACAUGGUCAUGGCAUAAUUGGGCUAAGGAUGGCACGUUAAAGGAAUAGUUUGAUAUUUUGAGAAACAAUCUUUAGUUCUUUCUUGUUAAAGAUUACAUGAGAAGAUUGAUACCUCUUAUGAGGUACGUAUGGAGCUAGAACUAGGAAGUGAUUAGCUUAGCUUAGCCGCGCAGCCACCAUGAAGCUGGCAGGCAACUACCACAGAUGCUACACCACUAGGCAGAAUGCCGUUGUCCAUUUAGAAAUAGUUACAGUUUCCAGACUCUACCUCCUCCUUACUUGAACCUGUGGAAUUCAUCUUCUCAUUUAAUUAUUUGCAAGAGAGCAAAUAAGGGUAUAUCCCAAGAUGUUAAAUUAUUCCUUUAAAGCUGUAUGCAGAGUUAAAACACACUCAUCACCACCACUACCAGCCUGCAUCAGAAGAAGAUCUGCAACAGAAAAUAGCAGCCCAUCCACCUUCACUGAGUGUUAUACACAGAGUUCACUUUUCAAAGUCAUGUCAGGUACUUUUAACGGACUCCAUGCACAAUACCAGCACCCUGCACCCCAGUAGACACCUGUCCGACAAGUCUACUGUCAAAAGGUCCCGUUAGGUUGUUGCCCUCUAUGCUGUUAACAUUCCUUGUAUUAUUUGUGCCCCUCUCCAGAUGCAACACUUGGUCAACACAGACCUUCAGGCACUGCGCUAUUCUUGAAAAGAUAUUAGGAAGAUAUGAGCAAAGUCAGUAAAUACCGGAAAGCAGCUAGCACAUUUCACAAAAUGUUUAUUAACUAGUUCAAAACCACCACAUGUUCUCAAUGAAUUAUUUUAUAAAAAAUCAUACACACACUCACAUGAUGAGUAUGUUAAUUGGAAAUACGACGGUUUAACAGUUUGUUAGUGAAGUGACAUCAUCCUUGAUUAAUUGGUGUGAGUGAAAUCUUUCAAAGCAGAACAACCAUAUGAAAAAGAGUUGGAAAAACCAACACAAACCCAAGAUAGCCUUCGACACUGCCGUUGUUUUUGUAACUGUUGUACAAUGUGAUAAAUGAACCCUUUUAAAUGUCAGAUAAGCUGUACCAUUAACGGCUUUAUACUGUACCUAUGCAAACCAUUCCCAACUGAGCAACACACACUGCCUGGUGAUGUGAGAUAUGUGUUAUGUAAUAAACGAGUGAUG